AGGCGCGGUUGGUGGGGGGAGAUAUCUGUAGAGUAAGCAGAACGAUCAGUCUUUGUCGCGCCACGGGCCGGGUAAGAUCGCCCCCGUUCCCGGAAAGGGCCCGAUCUUCCACUAACUAUACGCGAUAUCUCAAAUUUUGUCGCAAGCUGUAUACAAUAGCAGAGGAAAUGGAGUGAUAUCUGGCUGUCUGAUAUCGGCUCCGUUGAACAGCACUAGUUAACGUUAGGGUGUAACGACUGGACACGGUGUCACAGAUGCUGGUCGAGCGGGAGAAUCGAGGAAGACCGGUGGUCGUGGCUAAUUGGCAUUAAAUUCGUGCGGAAAUGUCGAUCGAAGUCGAGAGGCGGAGGAAGGUUGAAAUCGAGCUCGUGCGUGGCUACGCGCCUUCAUCGUGGAGAACAACGACCGUGUGGCUGGCUUCAGGCCAAUACGUGUCUAGUUGAAGGGUGAACGUGAAAAUCGGGUUGAAGUGUGGGGGUGGUGGACCGUGGAAGGGAGAGGAAGUGAAGAUAGGCAAGUAGGAAGGAAGGAAGGAAGGAAGGAAGGAAGGAAGUAAGAAUUCGUGGGUGACGAAGACGUUUCGUAGUGAAAUACUGGUGGUUGAUUAUAUUCUUGUGUGCGGUGCAAGAUGCGCUCGCGACGACGUGACGGUGGUUGAAGGACGAACACGACGAGUGGCUCGUACACAGCCCUCGAUUCCACCAGCCAGCUCUCCUUUUUUCCUUUCGUCUGGCCUCUGAAGAAAUAAAGUGCAGUGCAGAGCACUCUUCCUCGCUUCGUCGCUUAUCUCCUCGGCUGCAUUGAUCCGCCAGGUGAAAACAGAACGCAAGACGACACGGAGCCCCGAAGAAGUUGUAGAUUUUGGAGAGAGGCGAGGAGGAAGGGAGGAAGAGAUAACGAGCGGACAAAGCCGAGAGCUAGCAAGUGGAAGAGAAGGAGAAGCAUUUGUUUUACCUGGGAACGGUAGAAAGGCGUGCGGGGCCGAAAAAGCCUUGUGAAGAAACUAAGGAUUAGAUGGUGGAAGUGUUGGAGAGGCGGGCUAGGGAGCCUACGGGGCCGAUCAAGGCACCUCGCACCUACCCAGGCCCAGCCAGCUCCUUGAGGUUGCACUCGCGACCUCGUCAACGGCUACGUCUCUCUCCUGUUCCUCUCGACGAUGACGAUCUCGUAGUCUCCAGGCUGUUGGCAGUUCUCGAUCGUUACUCGCCACGAAAAUUCCUCCACGAAAGCCAGGACUAUUCGAACGUUGACCUACCCCGGCAAACUAUCGGGGACAUUGAGAAUAUCCUAGAUAGGCUGGAGAUCGUGGUACCGGUCCGUGCAGCAACGAGCGAAAGAAACCGGAAACACGGGGUGGAACGUUUGGAUCUCGCAUACGUCGCGAAAGUGUGCCAAGUGGAUCGGGAAGGAAUCGAGGAAGAGGGGAUCGAAAAGAAGAGCGAGGAGGUUAAGUGGUGCAGGGAAGAAACAGUGGUGCAAGCGGGAGGAGUGCUUUCGGCAAGGUUAAAGAUUCGGUUGGAGCCCAGGAAGGGCUCCCUUCAAAGGAACGAGACUGGCGAGCGCAAUGUGGCAAAGCGGCGGCAUGGGCGCCCAUGCGGCCAACAAUCCAUGGAUGAAAUUAAUGGGCAUUGUCCACAAGGAGAGAAGGCAUCACGACUCGAGCUCUGCCGCCGCCGCUUCUGGCGUUCAGGGAUCUGGGACUACCGGCAGCAACGACCGGACGCUCAAUCAAUCGCUGCCGAAACUCAGCAGCCAGGACGAGGAUGGGCCGAACCCCCACACCCAAUACACAGGCGUCACGCAUUUCGAGCCCAUUCCGCACGAUCAUGACUUUUGCGAGAGGGUCGUCAUUAACGUGAGCGGGCUAAAGUUCGAGACGCAGCUGCGUACGCUGAACCAAUUUCCGGACACGCUGCUUGGCGAUCCGUCACGGCGGCUACGAUACUUCGAUCCGCUUCGCAACGAGUACUUCUUCGAUCGGAAUCGGCCAUCCUUCGACGCGAUACUUUACUACUACCAGAGCGGUGGUAGGCUACGUCGUCCUGUCAACGUUCCUCUCGAUGUCUUCUCCGAGGAGAUCAAGUUCUACGAGCUGGGCGAAUUGGCUACCAACAAAUUCAGGGAGGACGAAGGAUUCAUCAAGGAAGAGGAGAAGCCGCUGCCGUCGCACGAGUUCCAAAGGAAGGUCUGGCUGUUGUUCGAGUACCCGGAGAGUUCACAGGGUGCCCGUGUGGUUGCCAUAAUAUCCGUGGUCGUGAUCCUCCUGUCAAUCGUGAUAUUCUGUCUGGAAACGUUGCCCGAGUUCAAACAUUACAAGGUGUUCAAUACGACGACGAACGGCACGAAAAUCGAGGAGGACGAAGUGCCGGACAUCACCGACCCGUUCUUCCUAAUAGAGACUAUUUGUAUCAUCUGGUUCACGUUCGAAUUAUCGGUGCGCUUCCUCGCCUGUCCAAAUAAACUGAACUUCUUCCGUGACGUAAUGAAUAUCAUCGACAUCAUCGCGAUCAUUCCUUACUUCAUCACUCUGGCCACCGUUGUGGCGGAGGAGGAGGAGACGAUCGAUCUGCCGAAGGCGCCGGUAAGCCCGCAGGACAAGAGCACGAACCAGGCGAUGUCCCUGGCGAUACUCAGGGUCAUCAGGCUUGUCAGGGUGUUCCGGAUAUUCAAACUGUCCAGGCACAGUAAAGGCCUUCAGAUCCUCGGCCGAACCCUCAAGGCCUCCAUGAGGGAACUCGGCUUGCUCAUCUUUUUCCUCUUCAUCGGUGUGGUGCUAUUCUCGUCGGCGGUAUACUUCGCGGAGGCCGGCUCCGAGAAUUCGUUCUUCAAGUCCAUUCCGGACGCGUUCUGGUGGGCCGUUGUCACGAUGACGACCGUGGGCUAUGGUGACAUGACGCCGGUUGGAGUAUGGGGGAAGAUCGUCGGGUCUUUGUGCGCGAUCGCUGGUGUACUGACGAUCGCCCUGCCUGUUCCCGUCAUCGUCUCCAACUUCAACUACUUCUAUCAUCGUGAGACUGACCAGGAAGAGAUGCAGUCGCAGAACUUCAAUCACGUGACCAGCUGCCCGUAUCUCCCUGGCACUUUAGGUCAACACGUGAAGAAGAGCCCGAUGUCGGAAUCGUCGUCGGACAUAAUGGAGCUGGAAGAGGGCAUACUGCUCCCUCAUCCUGAGAUUACGAAGAAGCCCAACUGCAACCCUCGCCAUAAUAACAAUAUUAAUCCAGCCUGUAUGAGCAUCGAGACUGACGUCUGACUACUAGUGAAGGAGACGAUGGCAACGUGGUGGCCAGUGCUGGGACGGUUGUCGAAGAACGGCUACAGUUCCCUUCGGUGCCUGACGUAGGCCUCCUUCACGCGUCGUCGUAGUCGCGCUAGCUGCGCACUGCUAGCGACUAGCGCGUGUACGCGUGCGUAUUAUAGCACGCGAUCGCGCGCCCCCGUCUGUCCAAUAGUCUGUCGUCAAUACGAGGGGUGCUUCCAAUCCAUUAUUACGCGUCAACGAGAAACACAAAUGAGGCAAAGAGAAUGAAAUAGAAUGAGAUAGAAUGAAAGAGAGUAACGCAGAAAUUCAACGACCAAGAAUCGGCUGACUUAAAUAUGGGUGCCACAUAAUUUCUUCCAACGCGACGAGAGCGACGACCGAGUUGCAAUCCUCGGCGGGAUAGUUGAAGAAUGUCACAGAAAGAGGUAAAGAGAUAAAGAGAUAAGAAGAAUGAUCACAUGGGCAAAUGUCGAGAAGCGACGUUAAACGAUUAAACGCGUAACAAUAAGAGUAAGAUAUAAGGAUUCUAAAAAGAAAAAAAGAAGCAAAAACGGUAAUAAAAGGAGAGAAGAGGUGGCGGAUUUCAGUUUCGAGGUGAAACGAAAUCGAGAAACGAGACAGCCGCUUCGGAGGUGUUACGAUAAACACGCGCACCCCACGUAGGGACCUACGUGCUAAUUAACGGGGGAUGGUGUUGGAUAAACCUCUACUUGUUUCCCUACCAUCCCCCACACCACCGACUCCAGUGUUCAAUACAAAUGAUAUAACAAAUAAAAAUUAAAAAAGUAACAAGUAAACGAUAUUUAAAAAAAAAAAAAAAAAAAACGAAACGAAACGGAAGAGUAUUAAAUCGCAGCGGCUUCGCGAGAGAACAAAAAAUAAAAGUAAAUAAAUAAAUAACGUCGUUCGAGCCUCUAAACCGCCCAAAAUACGGUUCAUGAAAAAUCGAGAUGAUACGGGGGUGGGGUCGAACCGGGCCGGCGACGAAACCAGGGGAAUCGUAUCAGAUAAUACUAAUUAAUUAUUAUCGAUGUAAAUUAUAUAUCGAGUAUACACGUAGGCGAUGGUACGUUAAAAAGAAGAACAAAAACUACAGCAUUAUUCGUUUUAAUGAUUACAACACUGCGCGAAAAACGGACGAAGCCACGAUCGAGCGGAAGAGGAGAAGAAUAAAGAUACGGUGAAGGGGUUGGAAAGGGUAGGAAGGGGUGAAUUGAAGAAACGAAGAAGACUUGUAGAAGACCGUAGGCGUUGCACGGCGACCAGCUAACGGAAACAAGUGUGUAUUGCACCGGAGAGACAAUUUUAUUUUUUCUUUUGCACUGAAGGACAAAAAACAUUGCUGUACGUAUUUGAACGGGAGAACCACUGGGAUGCAAUUUGUUUUUUGGAGCGUAAUAUAUGUACAUUCUUACACAUACAGAGACAGAAACAUCUACGAACGUAGUGUAUAUUCUUAUGGACGUCUAAUGGUUGAGUCGUCGACGAUUGUGCACAAAUGAGGGUAAUUGUAUAGAAUAUGGUCUACUUUGCCUUUAUUUCAAUAACACUGGUACAUAGUACGAAGGUCAGUGUACUAAAUAAUUCGUGUCAUUAGGGGUGUUAACCCAAGCAUCAUCUGGAACUUGUUUCAAAUUUAAGCCUGUCGAGUGGAAAAUGAUACUUUGAAUCGAUCGAAAUAUUGUGCACGAUCGUGGACGCGAAUCAAACGAGGUCGAAUCGAUGAGAAACGAUCCGUAGAUAUGUUUCUGAUAUCGUGGGAGAUCGGUGCGAAAGGCUUGAUAAGUUUGAAAAACGAUCGAAAGGAAGAUGAAAGUGCGUGGUCGAGCAAUGUGGGCACGAGGAAAGCCGACUGGCAGGGUGGAAAGUUGCGAUCAAUGGCCGGAAAUGUGGUCUGCCGAUGGCGCGUGUAACCGUGUUCGAAUAUCGCGACGGAUACUGUUUCUUUUAUUCAUUUGAACGCGAUUUUAAAAAAAAGGGAGGGAGUCAAGUAGUAGCGAAAGCAGUAUCACGCAAUGAUUCAUUUAGCGAGGCAGUGUUGUAAGAUGAUACAAACGAAAAAGGCUAGAGGAGAGACGGUGAAUGGUCCAGAAAUGUUCAUGUUUCCGGAAUUUUCGUUUUAUGAUUCGUUUACUGUGAUAAUUUCUUUUCAAAACGAUUUAGUACGAAGUAAACUUCGGUAGUUAAAGAAAUGAUUGACGGUUCAAAAUGCGACAUUAAAGGCUGUGAUUGAACAAACGAGAGUACCGACAGAAAGAAAAAGAAGAAGAAACUAAAUGGAUAGACCAAUCGCCUCUUUCCCUAUCUCUUCGCUGUCGUCUCGAUGUUUCGCCUCUUUCCCCGGGCGAAGAAAGCGCAUCACAAAAAAGAAAAAAAAUCGCCAAGACUGCCAUUUUACCAUUCUCAGUGAAAACGAAACGAAAGAAGCGUAAUAUCCACAACUUUCUCCGCUUAGAAUCGACCCUUCGAACACCGCGAGACGUACAACGGACUCCGAUCCAGACAUUUUCGUGAUUCUUGACGAAUUUUCGUCGCUUAGCCCGUUAAUUCGCGUCGAAACGCAAGAUGCAUCAAAGAACUUGAAAUUUCGAGUUUCCCUCAUCACGAUUCGUUGAAAGCCACGAGGGAGAAUGCUGGCGUUUCGAUUCGUCCGAUUCAGCGUAACGACGCGUCGCGAUUUAUCUUAUUCGCUAAAAGAAAUUAAUAUUAAUAAUAAUAAUAAUAAUAAUAAUAAUAAUUCUGGUAUUUCCGUUGUACGUGCCAGGUCACUGAUUAACAAAGACUCGUUCGUUCGAGGAAUCGAGCCAUCCCUAACGGAAAUAAUCCGACUACGAUGAAGCAGGAAGUCUGACGUUGCGAAGCAAGCCAGGAGCAUACAAUUAGUGGUAAACUAAAGAACAAAAAACGAUGAAACAAAAUAAGAAAAAAAUGAAAAUCGUGCGUAACUAGAGAAACAGAACGAGGAAAUAUAAAUAGGUAGGAUGCAAGUAAAGCAGAAACCCGUAAACAAAUGAGAAAAAAAUGAAAAAAAUAACAGCGAUUCCAUUAUUCGAUUAUACAGUUUAGGUAAUUUAGACGCGAGUUUUAUCGAGGGAUAUAUCUCAUCUCUAUCUUUUAUUAGACGAAAAAAAAAAUAAGAAGGAGCAAGGCCAAGACGAAGCGAAAUUUUGGAUAUUGCCAGAAAAACAUGAACGAACGAGUGAGUGAGAGACAGCGCGUAAUUGGUACGAGUGUUUUUAACCGAGAAAAUCGAGUAAAAAGUGUAUGAAUCGUUCGAAUGUUUGUCGAUGCGAUUGUUUGCAAAGUGAAUGCACGAAGAAUGAAUUUGAUCGAGCAAAUGCGACACGAGAGGAGCGAAACAAGGGUAAACAAAACAAUAAUUAAACAGAGAUUUACGUUUCACGCGCCUUUAUUACGAUAUUUGAACUUUUCGCCUCGCUAAUUUAGUUAGAGAAAAAAAAAAAAAUAUUAAAAGAUGGGAAACAUUUAUCGGAACUACCAGCCUAGCUAAUUCCAAAGAGAAGAGAAAAACAAAGUAAAUAAAAUAAAGUAAAGUUAACGCAAAUUAAGUCGGCAGAUGAUAAAUUUAUUACAUAAAUUAAAAUUAGUAUUACCGUUUAAAUUCUAUUAACUAAAAACCUAUUACUACUACUAUUACUACUACUA